AAGAAUUGAUUUAUUACAAUGUGCUGGGGAGGAAAUGGAGAAUAAGUAACUUCUUUAGAGGCACAGAUAGCUCUGUAUUUAUUUUCCUGGCUGGUACUUAGAUCAUUUAAAAAGUAGAGUGAACUGCAGACUAAGGGUCAUGCUAUCAUUCAAAAAGUAUAGUGAAUUUCAGACUAAGGCGCAAGGUGACUUUAUUUCCAACAAGUUCCCAAUUUAGAAAAUGAGCUUGACAUCUAGUUUGUAAAAAUGUUGAAGAAGAAGAGAAUGAGUUUUCAGUCCCCAAACUUUUCUCUUUCCAAAAGCAUGUUCGCAUGGCAUUAUCCAGAUUGGCUGUCUACCCUGAUUAAAUUAAAGUGGCAAUUAAUUUCUGUCACACAGGCAGAGUCAGAGAUUAAGAGAUUGCAUUAAAGGAUGGGACCUAAUAAUGUGUUCUUGUGUAACCUCAUCUGUUGGGACAGUAUGUCUUGAUAUGUAAAAGUUAUCUUUAAGGAAAUGCAAAACAGCCACGAACAAUGCAAUUUUCUGGUUUCAUUAGGUAAGCGUUAUCUGUGAUACAUUAUAUGUUUGGGGGGAAAAGCCACUCUGCUAAGAAAUGCAUGAAUAGUUCAUUUAUCUGCUGAUCCAUUUGGGGGCAUUAUGGAACUCCAAGCCCAGAACAAUGGGCUCUAUUUAAUAUUAAACAGGUUCUGCGUGACCCGCUGUUUCUCUCCAGAGCUGCUGGAAGGUCCCUCCUGGACGUGCAGAGUUGCAGCAGCUCUUGUGAAGUUACGCAGCUCGCCGCCUGGCCGGGGGUCAUCGCCGGAGCCCCGGGAGAGCUGCCCUGCUGAGGACGCCCCUCCAGCGCCGAGCGCCGGCCACGCGGGAGCAGCGCCGCCGGGCUGGCGCCCACCCGGGAGCCCGUGGCAGUAAAUGCCUGGCAGCGGCUGCUCGCUUCCCUCUCCGCCUCCCCCACCGACCCUCCACCGCCGACCUUUACGCCGAACUCGGGCGCGCGGCGAGCCUCGCGGCCUCGCCCUCCGCGCGGGGCCCCACCCCUUCCCGGGUCCGGCCCGCGGUCGGGCGGCAGGCGAGGUGAAUGGGAAGAUGGAGAUGGAUGUUGAGGGAGUUUCUCCGCGCUCGGAGCCCAUCCCCCGCUCCCAGGGGGCUGGCGGAGCCUGCCCGGCGCCGCCACCGCCGCCCCAGCCCCAGCCCCGGCCCCGACCCCGGCCCCAGCCCCAGCCGCAGCCGCCGCCGCAGCAGCAGCUGGCUCAGGAUGACCCGCCCGGCGAGAGUGCGGGCGCUGAGGACAGCGACGAUCCCGAGGCGCGACCCCACAGCGAGAAGGGGGAGAGCAAGAGAACCUCGGCCAGCAAGUCCUUAGGUGCCGCUUCCUAUAGCAGAUGGUCCAGUUCACAGCCACAUCAGUCUAGCUCCACAGUGAGAGCCUGUCAAACUAGUAAGUCUCGAGUGACCAUGAGCCCUGGCUUCAGCUCCCAGUGGAACAGCAGCCAACCAGCCUGGAAUACAUACUCCUUCCCAAGGGCCAGCUUGCACUACCAGUCCCACACCAGCUACACCUACUGUACUGGACACCCUGCUCAGUCCUAUGCACCAGCUCCCCACCCCAUGGCUCCUCCCAGCCCCAGCACAAACACCAGCAGCCACACCAGCAGCGGGGAGCAGUUGAGUAAAACCAACCUGUACAUUCGAGGCCUCCCGCCAGGCACCACUGACCAGGACCUAAUCAAGCUGUGCCAACCGUAUGGAAAAAUUGUAUCCACAAAGGCAAUUCUUGACAAAAACACAAAUCAAUGCAAAGGUUAUGGUUUUGUAGAUUUUGACAGCCCCGCAGCCGCACAGAAAGCCGUGGCGUCUCUCAAGGCGAAUGGCGUGCAGGCACAGAUGGCCAAGCAACAAGAGCAAGACCCAACAAACCUUUACAUCUCAAAUCUCCCCAUUUCCAUGGAUGAGCAGGAACUUGAGAAUAUGCUGAAACCCUUUGGGCAUGUCAUUUCCACAAGAAUACUAAGGGAUGCUAAUGGAGUCAGCCGAGGUGUUGGCUUUGCCAGAAUGGAGUCUACUGAAAAAUGUGAAGUGGUAAUUCAACAUUUUAAUGGAAAAUAUCUGAAAACACCCCCAGGCAUUCCAGCCCCUAGUGAACCUUUACUGUGCAAAUUCGCUGAUGGAGGACAAAAGAAGAGACAGAAUCAAAGCAAAUACACCCAGAAUGGAAGGCCUUGGCCCAGGGAAGGAGAGGUACUCAGAGGCAGGACUGUCCCUAGGCAAAAUCAUGAAGCUAGCAUGGCUCUGACCUAUGACCCCACUGCUGCCAUACAGAAUGGAUUUUAUUCUUCACCGUACAGUAUUGCAACCAACCGCAUGAUUCCACAGACAUCUAUCACGCCAUUCAUUGCUGCUUCCCCUGUCUCCACAUACCAGGUCCAGAGUACUUCAUGGAUGCCUCAUCCGCCAUACGUUAUGCAACCAACAGGUGCUGUGAUCACGCCAACCCUGGACCACCCUAUGUCCAUGCAGCCAGCGAACAUGAUGGGCCCCCUGACACAGCAGAUGAAUCAUCUUUCGUUGGGCACAACAGGAACGAUUCAGUCCCAAGACAGGAUUAUGAUACUCCACCAGCUGUUGUGUCAGUAUAUGACUGCUGCGGCUCCUAUGCAAGGGACCUACAUUCCCCAGUACACGCCUGUGCCUCCGACAGCUGUUUCUAUUGAAGGCGUCGUUGCCGAUACCUCUCCCCAGACAGUGGCCCCUUCAUCCCAGGACACGAGUGGUCAACAGCAGCAGAUAACAGUGGACACGUCCAACGAACACGUACCUGCAUAUUCCUACCAACAGUCUAAACCGUGAACAAGACUGAAGAAUGUCUGAAACUUUGCCUUGAAUGAAGAAACUUCAUUGAACAAGAAGCUGGCUUCCAGUUUGCACAGGCGUCGAUGGAAUGCUUUUUUUUUUAAUUUCCUACUUAUCCAAUGGAAAAAAAGGUGUUUUUAUGUGCUGUGCAAAUGGUUCCUUCAUGUGGUCUGACAGUUUAUUUUUGCCAUCAUUUUUUUUUUUAACUAAAGAAACAAAUCCUGGAAGAGGAAAACAAAAACAAGACCAUACACACAUACAUUACAAACAAAACAGAGAAGGUUGAAAUUUUAUCUGGAAGAAUAUUUGAACUCAAUUCAACUGAAGGUGUAGAUAGAUUUUUAAAAAAAAAAAACAAAAAUUCUGAUGUCAAGAGGUGGGCAAGCAGAAAUGGAAACAAAUUGUCUUCCUCAAUAAUUAAGCUAUUCUUUCUUUUUCCCUUGUUGAAAUCUAGUGGGUUGGAUUUUUAUUUUAUUUUUUUCUUAGAAAUAUUUAGGUAAGGUUUAUCUUGAAUCUUAAUUGCCUUAAUUUUAAGGACGUCAAAAGCUCUCGAGGCAAGCUGUCAACGUCUUGUUAAAAAAAAUAUCAAGAAAGAAUUGAAAUAUUGUGCCAGCUUUAGCUGGUACAGAAGUUUAAGACUAUGAGUUUUUAGGGUGAAAAAAAACUGUACAGUUUAAAAGAAAAUGCUUUUCUUCAUUUGAAGAAAAUUUGUUGAUAAAGGAAACUCUGGCAACGGCAAGAAUUGGGAAAAUGCUGGGACUUUUCAUGAACUUUGUCUUAAGUGUUCAAUCAUUCUAGAAGGCUAAAACAUUUUAUGGAGAAGUUACUAACAUUGGUUUAAAAACAACUGCAUUAGAAAUAAUGCGUGUUUGGGGGGCAGAAUGCAGAUUUUUUUAUUUACGAGGCGUGAUUGCUAGCAAAAACAUUAGUGCUUUUUAUCUGCAGUCUUUUUUAUGAGCUUUACAAAGUUUUUAGUCAGCUUUGCUUGUCACAUUGCAAAACCUAGCUUAAGAGCAUUAAAAAAAAAAACUUAAGUAGAUAGGAGCUUAUGGUCAAAAAGUGCAAAAACAGAAAAAAAAACAAACAAAAAAAGCAAUAGAUAGAGAAAUUGUUGACAAUUUCUGUAGUCUUUCCUAGUUGUGAUCAAAUUCAGCCUAUGGAUGGCCUAUUUUAUACCAAAGAUGAAGUGGCACCCUAUUGCAGUCCAGAAAAUAGAAGUUGUUUUUUUCUUUCCUUCUCUUUUCUUUUUAAACUUUUAUUUGAACUACAUGGCCGGACCAGUUCUGACUGUGUUGUUCGUUUAAACUACCUUCCACUGGUGUUUUACAUACUGCAAAAAAAAAAAAAAAAAAGAAGUUGUCUUUUUUUUUUUUUUCAGGUGUAUUUGUUGAUAGUAGAAGCUUGCAUCUGCUGUGUUUGGCAGUUUGAACAUGAAGAGUUCUGGAUACCAACAGAUUGAACCAAAUGACUUUAGAUUUUGUGAGCUUUUGUGGUUCCUUAGUAGCUCUUUUGAAUAAUGAAACCUGUAUUGAUGGCCACCAAUAAGCCAAGACACUUGUUUAACAGAUGAAAUUUCUUUAUGGGAAUGUUGAAUGGAAGAUACUUCCUGAACUGGUCUGAAAGGUCAUUUGUCAGAACAGCUUAGUGAUAUUCCAUUAAGUGGUGAGUGGUCUCCUGAAAAGGCCUCAGAGUAUUUGUGACAAUAGUCUUCCUUCUAAAUUCCAACAUCUCUGGGGUUUGUCUGGUCCCCUCAGUCCUUGUCGUCAUCCACCAUGAAUAGGUAUCUUGAUUCUGCAUUUGGGGAGGAGACUUCUUCCUUUUGCCUUCUUUCGUUAUAUUUAUAUAUCCUGGUGUUGUGAGAAGAAAGACAAAAUAGACCUUUUUAUUUCAGUUUAACUCUCUGAGGCAAGUAGGACCAGUAAGAUUGAGGAUACCAGUAGUGAAAUUUAGGUAAGCUUUUAAAAUGCUAGUUGACAAUCAAGAAAUUGUAUGAUUCAUAUUAAUAAGAACCAAAAGAAUUAGGUUUGAUCAAUCAUUAAAGCCAAAGGAAAUAUAUUUGCAUUGAGAGUAACGCCAAACUUUUUUCUAAAAUGAAUUAAAUUGACUUCGCAAAUAGCUCUGCAUAUUUGAUUCAUGAAAUCCAUGUUCAUCCUGUACAGUUUUAUCUGAAAUUAAGGACAAUGGAACUUUGUUAAUUGAACUACAUACUAGAAUUGCUUUCUGAAUGGUUCAUUAGAAUCAAAUAGGUGAAACUCUUUCCACAAACUAAGGCACAGGUACCUGUCUUAGUCCAGAGGGAAGAGGGAACUGCAUUAAAUGCACUGUAAAAGAAAACAGGGUAGGCUUUUAAAACCUAAAAAAGAAAAGAAAAAAAGAGGUAAAUCAUAUUCCCAUUAGGUCAACAUGAGUAAUGAGUUUGACUCAUAUGAAACUGUCAAUAUUGUGCUAUUUAUGACAUAAACAAAGGCCGAGUGUUCAAAUAGACCUGGUUCUCUUAUUUGAAACUUCAUGUUUUGGAGACUCAGAUCUAGAGAGUGACUCCCUAUCUUUGCAGUCAAAAAAAAAAGCAAACCCAUAUCCAAGAAAAUGUAGCAUGUGCUACAGAAAAAUUCCAACUGGCCACACCCAUCCUUAUGGUUUGCUAUGCUUUAGAGAGAAUCCUAGAUUUUUACUUUCUUCUCUCCCAUCCUUCAGCUUCUCAUGUAUUUUGUGGGUAGCACUUAAGUUUUACCCUUGAGAAGUGGGCCCUGAGGUCCAAGGAGUAUAAGCAAAUGCAUAUGGGAACUGUGUUUUCUGUUUGGCUUUUUCAGUCUCUCAACUUUUUGUAUACAUAAGGAUUAUCCUGGGCAUAAUUCAUUUGAGUAUGAAGGCAAUAGACUUUCUUUUGCUUCUGUUAAAAAAGAAAAAAAAUAACGUGAUACAAAGAAAGUCUCAUUUACACAACUGACAAAGAGGCUAAGAGUAACUACCCUGUGGCUAGGGGAUAUGCCUAGGUAACUUCUUGUUUCUAUUCAAAACUACUGCUUUAUUUAUACAUUCAGAAACAUUCUUUUCAACUAUGAAAUUUCAAUGACCUCCAUAUUUUUUUAAAGCCACUUCAGGCAAAAGGAAAUUACCUGUCGUUUUACAUGUCCAUGUAUGUUUUGUGUUUGGAUUUUUUAUAUCAUGUCAUUCUAUAAAAUAUCUAAUUUCAAACCAAAAAGAAAAAAAAAAGAAAAGAAAGAAAAAGUGGCACAUUCAAAUUUGCGUCUGUUGUCUUACCUAAUAAUUGUUUUACAAGUCAAGUCUGGGAAAGAAAAACAAAAGAAAAAACUGUCAACAGGUAAGCAGCAUCCCAUUGUGUGAAAAAUAAAACAACCCGAAAUAUGUGGUUAACAUAUACAGACGUCAGAAUCCUAAUGUAAUCAAAGAUAGAUAUGUAUUAUGGUGAGUUUAAUCCUACUUAGGACUGUAACCAUUUUUUUAAAAAUAUUCUAGUUCAGAUUUUCAAGCAUUUUUUCAGAUGUUGCCAGUUUUUCUUUUUGACUUGAAUUGCCAAGACUUAGCCUAAACAUCAGGAAAAAAACUAAAGCCACUAUCCAAGUGGGAUAAACACUAUCUCAUCCAAAAUCUAAUUAUGUGGUCCCUGGAGGAAUGGGUUUUGUGUCAAUAACAAUAAGGUUUUGUCAGGGGAGGCAACGUAGGAACAGAGACUGGGGAGCUCCUCAGGGUCUUCAGAAGACAUCAUGGACUCUAGGGGAACUGAAGGGGUAAUAUUAGCCAGUACUGAUGACUGUCCUUAAAACACUGGCAUGUCUUGAAUAUUGCAAGUGACACCAUAUUGAAAAAAAAAAAUCCUCUGCCUGAUACCAGUGGUUAGGAUUAGUUUGGCCAGGAUUAGUUGGUAUCCUUAGAUUUCAUUCAGGUAUUGUCUCCAAGCUUCCCUUGAAUCAAUUCUUCCUGUGACCCUAAGAGAUCUGCCACAAUGGAAAGCAUAUAAAACUCACAUCCACUUCUUCUAAUGAAAAAUUACAUGGUGCAUGGUGUUAAAAGCACCCAUAAUAGAGACCAAAGACUGAGGACAGAAGGCUAGAUGGAGCAGGAAGUUCAUUGUGUUGACAGAAUAUAUCGACCCCUGGCAAAACUGCUUUAAAAUCAAUUUCAUGUAUGACAAAAAAAUAAGGACUUAUUUUUUUUUCCCAAAAAAACUUAUUUUGAAUAACUAGGAUGUGUCCUAUAUACCCAGAUAUCUUUUACAGUACUCUAAAAUCCCUAGUGAGAGUAAGAUUUGACUUAUAUGGGACUUUUGCCAUCUCCUUCAUGAUUGAAAAGUUUCAACAUACUGUUUAGACAGAUUAUAAUGUUAGUAGGAGAUUACAAAUACAGUUGACAAUUCAGUCUCAGUCUUAACUUGAGUUGAGCAAACCACUGUAGAUGAGCUGAUAAACAGAAAUUCUUAAGUGGGUUAAAUGUUUUCCUAUGAUAGAAAAUUAAAGGAAAGUAUAUUUAUGUAUAUGUAUAAAACAUUUGGCACAUUUGAGGACUCUCACUUCCUAAUAAAGUUUUAACAUGUCAUAGAGCCUUGAUUUAUAUUAUCUUGCCCACAGAAUGGAGCAAAGGGUGAGAUUUUGUUUCUCAUGUUAUUGUGGCUGGCAUGCUUCAAAAUUUUGAGCUCACUGGGACUGAUAACCUCUCGCUCCAGUCUGAGGGACCGAUGGAAUUUAAACAGGCUCAUUGAUUCUGUACAUUAUGACCUUCCUGCAGCAGAAUGAUAAUGGGAUUUCAUUAAUGAAUCAAUUUGUAUUACAAAUAGCAUCCACUGUGGCAUUGGAAGACAAUUGACUCUAACUCAGAUUUAACAUUUCUUACCAAAUAUUCUUAAAUAUGAAAGCAGUCCCUUAAGCCGAGUGCUCCUGGUCAUGGCUGUCCUUUGUGGACCACAUAGAGCUCAGGAAUGCACAAAAGCUAAAUACAAGAUCCCUGAGUGGCCCAAAGAUCUUUUAUGAUGUAAGGCAGGGAGGCUCACCCCUGACUGGUAAUUUCUUUGAUUUUUGGCUUUAUGUCCCUAUACCUCUGCUCACUGUCACACAAAAAAGAAUGGACGGCUUCUCAGUAUUCAUUUCCUUGUAUUUCAGGGAGGGAAAAUAGUGUUUUGAGAAAAGCUGCUGCCAUGCAGGAAGCUUUAAAGCUGUAGAAGAGGUGAGAUCAAGCUUGGAGUCUGCAGAAAGGACCACUAGGCCACUGAGUCCCACUUUUUAUCCAUGUCAUUCUCUCUAGUUAGUAACUGCCCGGACUGUCUUGCAGAAAUACAAUCACUCUCAAUUUUUGAAGGGCUAGUUUGUGGAUUUGUUUUGUUUUCUCUUUUCAGCUUUUAGGUCUUGGGCUCUAUUUGCUUUUAUUAACAUUUUACCCCAAUGGUUGAAAAUAAACAUUUGGAAAUAAAAUUCAAAUUUUAUUUUAUUUGUCUAUUUUAUUUCUUGUUAAAUAUUGAUGUAUUGAAGGAAAUUAUCCAUAACGCCCCUUUCCCCACCACAAAUAAUUAAGAGUUGGCUGUAUUCUUGCAGAAUAUAAAGGAAAAAAACUGUAGCAAAGAAUUAGGCUUCCUUCAAAAGAAAGUUGUUUUGUUUGUUAACUACUGAAAUUUGAACUAGUAGAAAAGGUCAACUCAAAAUUGAGUUAUGAGAUAAUAGCAACUCUUGGUUAACUAUACACUCGGCCCUUUCUUAAAUCUUUGACCAAAAAAAAAAAAAUGCAUUAAACAAUUGUUUAUUUUCGAAUUUGCAUUACUAUAUUAAGUAAUUUGACACUCCAGUCUAUUUUUUCAUAAUCAUUUCAAAUUUAAAUAGUGUCCAAGUGUAGCACUAUUGUUAUCCUUUAUAUUUUAAACCCUCUGGUCCCUGAUUAUUAAGAAAGAUGCUCUCUCCUCCUCCCUAAAACAUGUUAUUUCCUCACAUAUAAAAAAGGAAUGAUUUAAUACUUUUCAGGAAUGAUAAAAACUAUUUCAAAGAGACCUUAAAAAUGUUUUCUCCAUUCUGGAAAUUAAUGCUUCCAUUUAUUUAAAAAGAAGAAUGUAAUUGGAAUCUUAAUUUUUUAAAUUUAUGUAAAAGUGUACUUGCUAUAAAAUAUUCAGUUUCUUAAGAAAAAAAAGGGACAUAUAGUUUCUUCAAAAACCUUGUUUCAGGCUAUAUUUGACUUCAUGGAACUUCUGAAACAUUAUUCAAUUUCAAACUCCAUUUACGAGCAUUUUGUACUGCUGUCUCUGACUGUCAUGGAAAGUUCUGUCAUUCUAUGGUGUUUCCGGUUUUAUUUUUAAUUUUUCAUCUGUACCACAGUCAAGUUAGCUACCAUUUCCCCAUUCCUUGGGCUUUCUGUAGAUCAGUGGAUGUUAGGUUUAAACUUCUGUUUUCUUUGAUGAAGCUUUCAAUAAAAAAUGAAAAUAAAACCAACCGAGU